AUUAACUCUCAUAACCAAUUCAAAGUUUUACACAAAAAAUGGGAAGUAUAAUGACAGAAAAAGUGAAGCUUCUUGUAGCAUUACUUGCUCUACAGUUUUGUUUUGCAGGAUUUCACAUUGUCUCUAGACUUGCAUUAAACAUGGGUGUUAGCAAAGUUGUUUAUCCUAUUUAUAGAAAUUUAAUUGCAUUGCUUUUGUUGAGUCCACUUGCUUACUUUUUAGAAAAGAAUCAAAGACCACCCCUUACUCUAUCUUUAUUGGUUCAAUUCUUCCUAUUGGCUUUAUUGGGGAUCACUGCAAACCAAGGAUUUUACUUGUUGGGAUUAUACUAUGCUUCUCCUACUUUUGCUUCUGCAAUGCAAAACUCAGUUCCUGCCAUCACAUUUGUCUUGGCCUCAGCUUUAAGACUUGAGGAAACCAACAUUGCAAGAAGAGAUGGAUUAGCAAAAGUUGUAGGAACCAUUGCAAGUGUGGGAGGUGCCACUAUAAUCACUCUUUAUAAAGGUCCUCCUCUUCUUCACCUUCAAAUGGACCAUAUACAAGGAGACAAUACCUUAUUACAAGUAGAUGAGUCUUCAACAAAAAUGCAAAAUUGGACAUGGGGUUGCAUAUACUUGCUUGGACAUUGUUUAUCAUGGGCUGGUUGGAUAGUUUUUCAGGCUCCGGUGGUGAAGAAGUAUCCAGCAAAACUCACACUGACAUCAUUUACAUGUUUCUUUGGAUUGAUACAAUUCUUGAUCAUAGCAGCCUUCACAGAAAAUGAUUUUGAAAAGUGGAAGAUACAAUCAUCAGAGGAGCUUUUUACCAUCCUAUAUGCUGGAAUUGUAGCAUCAGGUAUUGUGAUAUCUCUCCAAACAUGGUGUAUUCAAAAGGGUGGUCCUGUCUUUGUUGCUGUUUUCCAACCAAUACAGACUUUCCUAGUUGCUGUCAUGGCAGCACUUAUUCUUGGAGAUCAGUUAUACUCUGGAGGGAUCAUUGGUGCAAUUCUCAUUGUGCUUGGUCUAUACUUAGUUCUAUGGGGAAAAACCAACGAGAAAAAGGCGAAUGAGUCGGCAUUAACAAAGCCCUUGCUUGAUUCAAAGGAAGAGAAUAAAGUUAUUGAUGCAGCUUCAAAAGACAUACCUUGACAUUUCUAUUUGUUGGAAGAGACAGAAUAUGAGAAUAUUUAUGGUAAAUCAUGUGAAGAACCAUUUAACCACCAAAACUAGUUUGCACCAUUUCAUGUUGUGUAAGAUAACCAAAUUGAUUUUAAGCAUAUGUGCUAUGUCAAAAGGUGUAUGCAACACUUCAUGUGCUGUAUGAUGUUUGAGAAAUGAGUAUUGAAUACUAUGUAUAUUAACAAGUGAACACUUUUUAGCUUAAA